CGGGGCUAGCCCGAGGAAAUCAAACGGCCCCGCCAUGAAUUAAGCAGCGGGCUGCAGAGGGGAGGGCCCCCUCCCUCCCCCGCACGGCGCCCGGCGCGAUCAGCGCCGCCCCGCACCGGAGCCGCCUGCUCGGGGCGCGCCAGCCGCGCACGCACACACAGAGACAGGCGGCGGGGGCGGGUCGGCCGGGGUGGGGGGGCCCCGGCAGAUGAAGAUGGCAAUGUCUGUGAUCCAAGCGUGCCGCAGCCUGGCUCUCUCAACAUGGCUGCUGUCCUUUUGUUUUGUGCAUCUGCUGUGCCUGGACUUCACCGUGGCCGAAAAGGAGGAGUGGUACACGGCCUUCGUCAACAUCACCUACGCCGACCCGGCGGCCGGCAGCGCCGAGCUCCGCAGCGAGAAGAGCGAGUGCGGGCGUUACGGCGAGCAGUCGCCCAAGCAGGACGCCCGCGGGCAGGUGGCCCUCUCCGCCUCGCCCGUCGACCGCUACGCCUGCGACCCUGGCACCCGUUUUAACGCCCCGGCGCCGGGCAAGAGCUGGGUGGCCCUCAUCCCGCGGGGCAACUGCACCUACAAGGACAAGAUCCGCCACGCCGCCGCCCAGAACGCCUCCGCCGUGGUCAUCUACAACGUGGGCUCCAGCAACGCCAACGAGACCAUCACCAUGCCCCACGCAGGCCUAGAAGAUGUUGUAGCAAUAAUGAUUCCUGAACCCAAAGGGAAAGAGAUAGUGAGCCUCCUGGAGAGGAACAUUACUGUGAUGAUGUACAUCACCAUCGGGACACGCAACCUGCAGAAGUACGUCAGCCGGACCUCUGUGGUGUUUGUCUCCAUCUCCUUCAUCGUGCUGAUGAUCAUCUCCCUGGCGUGGUUGGUCUUCUACUACAUCCAGCGAUUCCGCUACGCCAAUGCCAGGGACAGAAAUCAGCGCCGGCUCGGAGAUGCUGCAAAGAAAGCAAUCAGCAAGCUACAAGUCAGAACAAUCCGGAAAGGUGAUAAGGAAACUGAGCCAGACUUUGAUAACUGUGCUGUAUGUAUUGAAGGCUACAAACCCAAUGAUGUUGUCAGAAUUUUGCCUUGCAGGCAUCUUUUCCACAAGUCCUGUGUAGACCCCUGGCUGCUAGACCAUCGUACCUGCCCGAUGUGCAAAAUGAAUAUUCUAAAAGCUCUAGGGAUCCCGCCAAAUGCAGACUGCAUGGAUGAUAUACCUCCAGACCUGGAAGCAUCCAUAGGAGGCCCACCAACCAACCAGAUAACAGGAGCCAGCGACAUAACAGUGAACGAGAGCUCCGUAGCCCUGGAUCCCCCGGUGCGGACUGUGGGAGUACUACAAGUCAUCCAAGAUGUAGACUCCUUUCCCCAGGCUGGGGAGGGUAACUUCACCACAAGCAAUGAACAGGAGCCAGCAGUCAGCAGUGAUUCAGAUAUCUCCUUGAUUAUGGCAAUGGAGGUUGGACUGUCCGACGUGGAGCUUUCCACCGAUCAAGACUGCGAAGAGGUGAAGUCUUGAAAAGCAAAGAGAGAUCCAACACUAACUACAGGGGAGGGUCACAGGGAGGGGCCGAGUCAGCUUUCUAGGAUUGGACCAGUCAUGCACAUGCCUCCAGAGCACUGUCACUCCUGCACACUCCAUUCUGAGACGGUCACGAAAAGCAAUAGCAGCAGUUGUGUCUGCCCGGAUGUGGUUUCAUCAUCUGCAUACCUUCAUUUGGUUCACAUGGGAGGUGAACCCUGCCAGUUCACCCACGUGCUUGAGAGCAAUCAUGUAACUCUUCAGUGGCUCAUAAAUAAGGCAACUGAAAUGACAGCUUGAGUGUUUUCUGCACUUGGUCGACCUGGGUUCUUUGUUUUGGUUUGUUUGUUGCUGUUUAUUUUUAAAGACACAUGUCUGUUAUGUUUGUUUGUUGGUUUAUAGUCUGUUAUGGAUGGACACCCUGGGUUUUUGUGGACUGACCCCAACUUUUUCAAGAGCUCAAUCCAGAAAUCUGAAUUCCUGUUUGCUGGUCACUUCAUGGUCUGACUCCAGGAUAUGUUGUGGCCUUGCUGUUUCUGCAUGGAGUACACACGGCUUCGGAAGGAGGGUGCAGCAGCACCCUGCGUUAAUGUGAAGCCUGCUUUCAUUAAGUGGGAGCCUUGGGAACGGUGUAUGCCGAAGGCCUUUAUUUGUAAGGGGGCUCUGAAUUAACAGAGAUUGCUGAGAUUUGAGCAGGAACCCUGUUAUGUUGGAUUUUACUUAGAGUUCUGUUCUAGACAAGUAUCACAGAGUGCGAAGGAAAAGCGUGAAGCUUCAGUCCCUCCUUGCUGUCCUUUGCUGUAUUUCAUGCUGUUAGCAGGUGUCAGUACAUGGAUGGCCUUCCUUCAACUCACAAUUCAGUAGCUGGAAAACAAGAGCUAGCCUCACAUCCUGUCUCCUCUUAAUGUUACAGACCAAAACCUGCUCAGUAGGCUAAAGGAGUGUCCGAGAGGUUUCCAGAGGCAGCUUGUUAACAGCUGUGCAUUAAUGAUGGCCAGAAUAUUCUUAGAAAGGGUCUGGAGAUGCUGACACCAGUGUCAGAGAUUGCUAAUGAAGCAGGAGGCAGGUGGUGGAAAUGUUUACCUCCUGGUUUGUUUGGGCUGGGGUUUUCUAGUGCAUUUCACUUCCAAUGUUUUGAUUGCUUGCUAGUUACCAAACACAAGAGUUCAGGUGGCUCCUUGCCCUCCAGAGUCCCAUGUCAACAUUGCUGCAAGCAUAAUGGAGUACUUCAGUUUGUGUAGAGAUGUGCAGCAAAAUAUUUGGGGUAGAAGGGAAAGGGUUGGGAAGUAAACAGAACUAACAUAAAUCAAAGCACCUAAAUAAUCAUGACCUGUGAUGACUGUUUGGAUCACCCCGAGCUCUGCUUUCCAGAGAGAAGCUUUCACUUCUUCAGUGUACAAUUUCCUUUUUCAGUCAAAAAAACACUCAGCUGUGAAGAAGCAUUUUUAGCUUACUGUUAUACAAGAGUAAAUGGUUUCUGUUGACAGUCAGAUGACAUGAAUCACAUUACUGCCUCCUGAGUAAGUCCAUAGAAUCAACAAUUCAUCUUACAUCAACAUUCCACAGAGAGGUCAAACAUUUUGACUCGAUGGUGUUGCGGCAGCGUCUCAAAACGCAGCUAUCAGGGCUCUUGCUGCAUUUAAUCUCCUCGUGGACUGACUUGCUAGGUGUGGAAACCCAGCUUCCAGCCAAAACUGGGCUUGUCAGAUCUUAUUCAGGAUUAAAUGUGUCCAGAGCUAUCCUGAAAACUUUGGCCAACCUGCUGCUUGCACGCAGGAAGAAGGGAAAACUGUACUCCCUGUUUGGCUUUUUUUUUUGGUCCAGUCAGAACUCAGUUCAUUUUAUAGCUUGGUUUGGUUUG